GUCAAUCCGAAACAAACUAUCCAAAUACAGGGACUUAAAAGUGCAAAUACAUAAGAGUUAAGCGCAUUACCAAAGCAAAGAGAACGUCGGAGAGUGACGUGACCACGACCGUUGAUAGACAGGCACCCACCCUUUCAAGUCGCCGCCGGCGACAUUAAAAAAACCGCCAAAGCUAAAAAAAAUAAUUUCAGAAUCUCCCAUUGCCCUUUACGGAAAGAUCUUCACUCUCUGUGCUUUUCACCUUCCUCAAUCAGUGAUUGCUUUAACUGCAAUACAACUCUCUUCCAGGGCAAGACCUUAUAUGAUAAUGAUCUUCUAAGAGGAGGAGGAGGAUACAAGUCUCCUGUGAUCGUGGAGCUCGAUAUGAAGGAGAGUGAAACUAAGGCUUGUGUUUCGGUUGAGAAAGCUGAGUCUACUUUACUCUCAUCUCUGCUGAAGAAAGGAAAAGGGAAAGAGACAUCGAAUAAGAAGAGGAAGUACAACACUAAGCGCAAAACCGAGGAAGAAAUAUGUUCAAAACCCAACAAGAGGAAGUAUUCUCGUGGGCGCAAUGAGGAGGAGAAGGGUAAGAAAACGAGGAAGAGGAAAAAAAGUAAGAGACAGCAAAAGGGUGAGGAGGAGGAGGAGGUAGAUGAAGCGUUACGGUUGCAGAGGCGAACAAGGUAUUUGCUUAUUAAGAUGAAGAUGCAGCAGAAUCUCAUCGAUGCAUACGCUGCUGAAGGUUGGAAAGGUCAGAGCCGGGAAAAGAUAAGACCAGACAAGGAGCUGGAGAGAGCAGGGAAAGAAAUCUUAAACUGCAAGCUUGGACUACGCGACGCCGUUCGUCAGCUGGAUGUUCUUAGUUCGGUGGGAAGCAUGGAGGAGAAAGUUAUGGCUCCUGAUGGUUCUAUUCAUCAUGACCAUAUAUUUUGUGCGGAAUGCAAUUCGAGAGAAGCUUUUCCGGACAACGAUAUAAUACUUUGUGAUGGAACGUGUAAUCGUGCAUUUCACCAGAAGUGUCUUGACCCUCCUUUGGAAACAGAGAGCAUACCUCCGGGAGAUCAAGGCUGGUUUUGCAAAUUUUGUGAUUGUAAAAUUGAAAUCAUCGACGCAAUGAAUGCGCAGAUAGGAACUCAAAUCUCUGUGGAUAGCAACUGGCAGGAUAUUUUUAAUGAAGAAGCUAGUCGUCCUAAUGGAUCUGAAGCAACACUUAACAACGAAGCGGAUUGGCCUUCAGAUGACUCUGAGGAUGGUGAUUAUGACCCUGAAACGAAAGAUAUAGUCAGAGGAAGCGAUAGUAGUGGUGGUGAAGGUGGUGAUAAUGAUGGGGAAAGCAUUUCGAGUAGCGUGAGUUUAGCAUCUGAUGGUGUAGCCCUUUCAACGGAAUCGUGGGAAGGACAUGGAUUUGGCAAUAUGGUGGUGGAAUCAGGGGAGACAUGUAACGAAGAAACUGUAUGCGGGCCAAGACAGAGGAAGACUGUUGACUAUACUAAACUAUACCAUGAAAUGUUUGGGAAGGAUGCUGUUUUGCAAGAGCAAGGUAGCGAAGACGAAGACUGGGGUCCUAGUGACAGAAGGAAGAGAAAAAAGGAGUCUGAUGGAGCAAGCACACUUGUAACUAUGUGUGAAGAAAACAUUAAGAAAGAUCAAGAUGUUAAAGAAAUACCGGAACAGAAUGAGAGAGAUUCUGUCUCUGUAGAAGGUAAAGUAGGGAGAAGACCGAUGUUCAGAAUCCCAAGAGCUGCAGUUGAGAAGCUACGUCAAGUGUUUGUAGAGAAUGAGCUUCCUUCCAAAGAUGUGAGAGAGAGGCUUUCAAAAGAGUUGAGUCUUGACCCAGAGAAGGUCAGCAAAUGGUUCAAAAAUGCGCGGUAUAUGGCAUUGAGGAAUAGGAAGACUGAAAGUAUGAAACAACCUGAGGAUUCAAAUACGUUCUCUGGAGAUGCUAGACCAGAAGCAGUCAUGGAGAAAAACACAGCAACAAAUGAGAUUCAAGCCACCGUGGACGAGACUGCAAAGGAGGAGGAAUACACAGAAACAAAUGAAAUAGAAGACACCGUGGACGAGACUGCAAAGGAGAAAAACACAGAAACAAAUGAGAUUCAAGAUACCUUGGACGAGACUGCAAAGGAGGAGGAAUACACAGAAACAAAUGAAAUAGAAGACACCGCGGACAAGACUGUCAUGGAGGAAAACACAGAAACAAGUGAAUUUCAUGACACCAUGGACCAGACUCCUGAGGAGAAAAACACAGAAACAAAUGAGAUUCAAGAUACAGCGGACGAGACUGUGAUGGAGAAAAACACAGAAACAAAGGAAAUGCAAGCUGCGGACAUGGAGAACAACUCAAAAACAAGUGAAAUCCACGAUACCAUGGACGAGACUAACUCAGAAAUAAAUGAAAUUCAGGAUACUAUGGACGAGACUGUGCCACUCGGAUAUGAUUAUGCCUGUAAUGAUAGCCAAGAGGAAACUGAACACGCCAGUGUCUCCUUCCCAACACCCACAGAAGAUGAAAGUCAACAGUAUCUUGAACAAAAAGACUCUUCUUUCGCACUAGUGCCGCAGCAUGAAGAGCUAAGCAGCGGAAUGAGCUUAGAGACGCCUCUUGAGGAUAAGGAGACAGAGAGCAAGAAAGAACUCGAAGCAAUGAUGGAGAUGCUUUGUAGGGCAGACAACAAGUUAGUGGAUGUGACGCAGAGGCUUGAGAGAUUUAGAACACCAAAAGGCCGUAGAAAGUUAGGCAAGUCUUCUUCUUGUUUACCUGAAGAAGACUAUGUAGUGUAUGUACCAACAGCAGAGAUCAAAGAGAAAAGGUGAAAAGAAACUUAUGUCUCUUUGCACAAGUUUUGGUAUUGUUAGAUUCUUUGGGAAAUCAAGUCUAAGAAUACCUCAAUAAGCACCAUCUGUAAGUUCUUAUAGUUUUUACUGCCAACGAAGCAUGAGGUGUUUUGAAGUUCAAAUAAA